AAAACCGGAGCCUAGUACUAUGUGUGUGUGUGUUCUUCUCCCCUCAGAACGGAACGGGAAAGAGUGAAGGAACAGAUGGAGAUUGGAGAGAGAGACCCCGGCGUCACGGCAUCCGUUCCAAAAUUCCAUUCCACGGACCAUUCCGCGGUCCGUCUCGCUCCCAUCGCCGUCGCCGUCGCCGUCGCCACCCUCGGGUUGACUUGACUUGCCUUCCCACACCUGACCUUCCUCCCCCUCCCCUGCCCACUCCAAUCCCGUCUCCCUCUCCCUCUUCUCUCCUCUUCUCCGCUCUCUCUCUCUCUCUAUCUCUCUGCUCUCUCUCUCUCUCUCUCUCUCGACUUAUUCUGCAAUCAAUCUUGGGUUGCGCCGGCGGGCUCCAGUACGGCCGCCGGGGCGGGGAAAGCGAAGCAGCAGCAGCUCGCCAGUGCUGCGGGAAAGGAAACAGGAAGACACCGAAUAUUAAAUCUACAAAAUGAUGGCUCCUGAGUUAGAUAAGCAAUAUUCAAACAUCCAGCUGGGAGAAGAAGUAGGGCUAUGUGAUAUUAAGCUUGCGCUCCAGGCAUUGCGAAAGAAGAUCCUUAGUUUGGAUUUUCACAACUCCCUGCAUGUUCAUGAUCCACAGAACUCAUUUGAGUACUUAGAAGUGCUGUACAAAUUACGGCAGCUGUCUGAGAAGUUGGGUAAUUUGGAUCCUGGUGGAGAAGCCAAAGAGCACAAGGAACUCACCGUAUAUGCUGACGACCUUUUUGAAUUGGCGAUGGCGAGGCUCGAAGAGGAGUUUGUUUACCUUCUUACGUACUACAAACAGCCGUUAGAACAGGAGCUUCUCUCCUUCCGUUCUACAGAGGAUGGCAGCACGGAUGAAUUUUCAAGCAGCUCAUUCAGUGAGGAACAAAGUGAAGGCAAGUCAACACAAACCGGUAGCAGCGGAGGAUCUGAAUAUUUUGUGGCUGAUUUGAUCCAACCUGGUGCACUCUCUGCUGUCAAGUCCAUCGCCAACUUCAUGUUCCUGAGUGACUACAACAACGAGUGUUGCCAGGCUUAUAUCACUGCACGGCAGGGUGCAAUAGAUGAGUUCAUUGGGUCUCUUCACAUCGACAAGCACAGCAUGGAAGAACUUAUGAGCACUAAAUGGAACAAACUGAGCGCAUCGAUAAAGCGGUGGAAUCGGGCAAUGAAGGCUUUUGUCCGAGUCUACCUUGCGAGCGAGAGGCGCCUUAGCAGUCUUGUCUUUGGUGACCUUUCAGGAACAGCCGUAGACUUGUGCUUCUAUGAGAUUUCAUUUAGCUCUGUUAUGCAGCUUCUGAGCUUCUAUGAGUCUGUAGCAAUUGGACCUUGUAAGCCAGAAAAGCUUUUCCGGAUUCUUGAUAUGUAUGAGGUCCUGGAUGAUCUCCUCCCUGAAGCAGAGUUCUUGUUCCAAGCAGGGGGCAAUGAUAUGGUUCUAGCUGAGUAUCACGAGGUCCUACUCCAGCUGGGAGAAUCGGCGAGCAAAACAUUUGCGGAAUUCAAGUAUGCUAUCCAAUCCUACACGUCAUCUAGUGCGGUGCCUACUGGUGCAGUGCACCCCCUCACCAAGUAUGUCAUGAACUAUAUAAAGGCUGUCACUGUUUACAGCAAAACCCUUGAUUCACUACUCAAGGAUGCAGAGCAUUUCUCUGCUGACACUCAGUCUGUGCCACACUCAUGCACUCAUUUCACGGCUACAGCACUGCAUCUGCAGUCCGUUGCUGCAGUUUUAGAAGCAAAUCUUGAAGCCGGGUCUAGAUUGUACAGGGAUGGUCGAUUGCGGAACAUCUUUAUGAUGAACAACAUCUGCUACAUGGUCCAGAAAGUGAAGAACUCAGACCUCAAAAGCUUUCUUGGCGACGACUGGAUCCGGUUGCACAACCGAAUGUUUCAGCAUCAGGCCACAAACUACGAGAGGGCGUCGUGGAGUCAGGUCCUUUCUUACCUGAGUGAUGAUGGCUUAUGUGCUGCUGGAGAUGCCACUUCUCGUAAAAUCAUCAGGGAGAAAUUCAAAAACUUCAACCUGUCCUUUGAAGAUGUUUAUCGAGUUCAGACGGCAUGGUCUGUCCCAGACGACCAACUCCGCGAAGAUGUCAGGAUUUCCAUAUCACUGAAAGUUAUACAGGCUUACAGGACAUUUGUGGGAAGAUACUCCUCCUUCCUUGAUGGAAGCAAGCAGAGAGAUCGCUACAUAAAGUACAGGCCUGAAGAUCUGGAGGAACUUUUGCUGGAUCUGUUUGAAGGAACUCAGAAGUCAUUGCAGCAUUCUGGCCGAGUUUGAAGCUUAAAGCAAAGUUCUUUUUCAAGGGAUAACACGAUGGUUGUAAUUUUGCUUUGUACCAAUUAAAAGAAUUUUAUUGCUUAUUUUGUUGUAUUGAUGUCCAUCCUCAAAAGCAUAUAUUUUUGGA